AGCGCCAGGCGAGCUACCAUUUGCUGCUGUUGCUGUACGGGUAGGAUGGCUAGCUGAGGGAGGGCAGCAGAAUCCCUAACGCAGCACGAGCCAGAGCAAGGGCACGCGACUGGGAGCCAACUGAGGGAGGGGGACCGUUACCUCGCCAGCCAUUCAGAAGCAGAGAACUCUGGUCUCCUCAGCAACGGGCCUUAGAUGGCCAAGACUGCGCCUCCCCUUUCGCGCCCUGCUGGUCGUUAACAUCUUCCUCACUCUUUACCCGUCUCAGCCUGGCACAGGAACGGAGAUUUCCCCUUCUAGAAUUUGGGCUGAAGGAGGCGACGAUUCUUUCUUGUUCCUCCCCUCCCCCCAUCCUUUUUCCUCCACACUCCACCCAGAAAUGAUCUAGUGAAAAUUUGAGGUCUUCCCCCUGACCCCUCUUCUACAGCUGCUGUUUCUGCCUGUGGUCCAGGAAGGCUACACGAACAUCCUCGUUGCUCAGUUAAUUGUUUGAGAAGCCAGGAGGGAAGAUUAUUUUUGCCGAGAGGGUCCUUUUCAGUGUGAAAGAGGAAAUAACCUAUACAGCGUUGGGGAGGAGAGGGGAGGAGGAUUCUCUGAUGAUUCCGAAUCAUGGGGAAGGACCAGGAACUGCUGGAAGCUGCUCGCACUGGGAAUGUGGCUUUGGUGGAGAAACUCUUGGCUGGCAGGAAAGGAGGGCUUCUGGGCAGUGGAUCUGGACCUAUACCUUUAUCCAACUUGCUGAGCAUCUGGCGAGGACCAAAUAUAAACUGCACAGAUAGUUCGGGGUACAGUGCUUUACACCAUGCAGCUUUGAAUGGACACAAGGAUGUAGUUAUCAAGUUACUUCUAUAUGAAGCGUCCACUAAUGUGGCAGACAAUAAAGGGUAUUUUCCCAUACACUUGGCUGCUUGGAAAGGAGAUGUAGAGAUUGUGAAGAUUCUUAUCCAUCAUGGGCCAUCACAUUCCAGAGUGAAUGAACAGAACAAUGAAAAUGAAACAGCUUUGCACUGUGCAGCACAGUAUGGACACUCAGAAGUGGUAGCUGUUCUGCUGGAUGAACUAACAGAUCCCACAAUAAGAAACAACAAGUUAGAGACUCCAUUGGAUUUGGCAGCUUUAUAUGGCCGUCUGCGAGUGGUAAAGAUGAUAAUCAAUGCAUAUCCAAACUUGAUGAGCUGUAACACGAGGAAACAUACCCCUUUGCACCUUGCUGCACGUAAUGGCCACAAAGCUGUUGUACAAGUGCUUCUAGAGGCUGGAAUGGAUGUCAGCAGCCAAACAGAAAAAGGGAGUGCAUUGCAUGAAGCUGCUUUGUUCGGAAAGGUGGAUGUGGUACGCAUUCUGCUAGAAAGAGGAAUUGAUGCGAAUAUUAAGGACAGUUUGGGUAGGACUGUUUUAGAUAUUCUUAAAGAACAUCCUUCUCAGCAGUCACUCCAAAUUGCUGCACUACUUCAAGAGUACAUGGAAACAGGAAAUGCAACAGUUCCAGAAGAACCCUUACAAGAAUGUCCGGAGUCUGUUUAUCAGACUUGUGCUUUGUCUCCAGAAGUUUCUCCAUCACAGAAGACUAAAACUGAUGAAUAUUUUGCUUUUUGUAAAGGUGAAGCAGUGACUGGAGAGUUAUCAAAACUAUUAGAUGAAAUCAAACUGUGCCAAGAAAAAGAUUAUUCAUUGGAAGAGCUGUGCAAUACAGUAUCAGAACAUUACUUGGACAAUGUUAGCAAAGUAUCAGAAGAAGAACCAGCAGUGAAUGGAAGUCAAGCUAAACAUAACAUAGGAACAACUUCAACGAAUCUAUCACCAGCAGAAGAGGAAGAAGAUGUGAGUGAAAAUAGCUGUGGACCUACGGGAUUGUGGGAAGCUCUAACACCCUGUAAUGGAUGCAGGAAUCUUGGAUUUUCCAGUCUUUCUCAGGAGUCAUUUCCAAAGAAGAGGAGUUAUACACUGGAAGCAGUGCCAUCUGCUUCUUCUGAUGCCUUUCCUGCAGAAAAUGAAAAUGAUCUCUGUGAUUUUCUAGAUACUGCAGUUACAAAGAAACCUUGUUCUUUAGAAAUAGCCAGAGGACCUUCAACAAGAACAGAUAAUGCACCUCAAGUAGCAAUUAUUGCACCAGGUACCGGUAACCAUAGAAACAGUUCAACAGGCCCAACACCUGACUGUUCUCCUCCUUCACCAGAUACUGCGCUGAAAAAUAUAGUGAAAGUUAUACGACCUCAGCCCAAGCAACGGACAUCAAUAGUAUCAGCUUUUGAAUUUCACCGAUCAAAUCACAGCCAUGAUUAUUUUGAAAUCAACUCCUCCAUUGGAUAUGCAAGCUUUACUUCCAGUCCUCCAAUCAGUCCAGCUAACUAUUCCACUGGAUCAGUAGAGGGCAGCAUUGAAGAUAAUGAUAUUCCAGAAACCCAACAAACAUCCAUUGAAAGUGACCUUCUUGAAGCACAUCCUUCUGAGCAAUUUGCUGGCCUACUUCAUGGAUCAUCACCAGUUUGUGACCCACCUGAAAAUCCACUUCAGUUAUACAGAAAAGCCAGCUCAGCUAAUGAAUUGCACAACAAAAAUAAUUUGAACAGGAGUAUUUUUAAUCCAGUGCAACUACACCGAGAAAAUAGCACAGAUUUCCCAGCAAAAAAGAAAAAGCCACCAAUUUUAAACAGAACUAUAUUUCCUUCUAAAAGUAGCAUUGUAGAAGCAAAUACACUUGCCAGCAUCACAAGAACUGGGGAUCAGUGGGUUGUUAAUGCUGCAGGGUUUGUAGAACGUGCUUGCACACUUGGGAGGAUACGAUCUUUGCCAAAGACACUGCUUGAUAUGCAUUUAUCCAAAUACGUUUCAAAAUCAGACUCUAACCUAAUUUCCUACCCACCUAAUGAGCAAAAAGCAAGAAGAAAGUGGAAUGAACCUACAGCAGACUCAAAAAGCUCUAGAGAAAAUUCUGAAAGAGCACCUUCCUUUACUUCAGAAUGGGAAGAAAUUGAUAAAAUAAUGAGUUCCAUAGAUGCUGGCAUUACCACUGGACUAGAAGAGAUUAAUGACGGCGUUGCAACACCAAGAUGCCCUGUCCAGACAGUGGGACAAUGGUUGGAAAAUAUUGGGCUAUCUCAGUAUGAAAACCACUUGCUGGCUAAUGGAUUUGACAAUGUGCAGUUUAUGGGAAGCAUUGUUAUGGAGGAUCAGGAUCUGUUGGAAAUUGGAAUACUUAAUUCUGGACACAGACAAAGAAUUCUACAGGCAAUUCAGCUCCUUCCAAAGAUGAAACAAAUAGGCAUUGAUGGCUACCAUCCCACCUCUGUAGCAGAGUGGCUAGAUUCACUGGAACUGGGUGACUACAUCAAACCCUUUCUGAUAAAUGGUUAUACGUCGAUGGACCUUGUGAAAAAAAUCUGGGAUAUUGAAUUAAUUAAUGUUUUAAAAAUCAGUUUACUUGGCCACAGAAAACGCAUUUUGGCCUCACUGGGAGACAGACUUCACGAAGAUCCACCUCAGAAACCACCACGGGCUAUAACCCUCAGGGAACCGAGCACUGAACAUACUCCUCCUCAGUUGUCACCAUCACUCAGCCAAAGCACUUAUACUGGUGGCUCACUGGACGUCCCACAUAUAAUCAUGCAGGGGGAUGCAAGGAGAAGAAGAAAUGACAGCUAUUUUGAUGAUAUUCCUCGGUCAAAACUUGAGAGACAGAUGGCACAGCAGUCAUCUGUCUGUGAGAUAUGGACCAACCAGAAUGCAGGAUAUCCUUACACAGCAGUCCAUCAGGUUCAUAAUACUGGAGACUGGGGUGAACCUUCAAUUACCUUGCGGCCGCCUAAUGAAGCAACAGCAUCAACACCAGUACAGUAUUGGCAGCACCACCCAGAAAAACUUAUCUUCCAGUCAUGUGAUUACAAAGCAUUUUAUUUAGGUUCUAUGCUGGUAAAAGAACUAAGAGGUACAGAAUCAACCCAGGAUGCUUGUGCAAAAAUGAGGAAAUCUACGGAACAAAUGAAGAAAGUCCCUACUAUUGUUUUAUCAGUUUCUUACAAAGGAGUAAAAUUUAUUGAUGCAACAAAUAAGAAUAUUAUUGCUGAACAUGAAAUUCGUAACAUUUCCUGUGCUGCACAAGACCCAGAAGACCUCUCUACAUUUGCUUAUAUCACAAAAGACUUGAAGACAAAUCACCAUUACUGCCAUGUGUUCACUGCCUUUGAUGUGAAUUUAGCUUAUGAAAUAAUUCUAACAUUGGGACAGGCAUUUGAGGUAGCCUACCAACUAGCACUUCAAGCUCGAAAAGGAGGCCAUUCGUCAACCCUUCCAGAAAGCUUUGAUAAUAAACCUACCAAACCAAUUCCUAAACCACGUGUUAGCAUUCGAAAAUCUGUGGUGAGUAAAACAGAUAGAUCCCACUGAACAAAAGACUCUUGCCAACCUACCUUGGAUUGUAGAACCAGGACAAGAAGCUAAAAGAGGAAUUAAUACCAAGUAUGAAACCACAAUUUUCUGAUAGCAAACUGUCUCCUCUGUUUCUUGUUGUGCCUUGCACUCAAAGCAGUCAUAGCACAGCCUUUCCUUGAUGGCAAUUCUUCAGUCCAGUAGAGGGGAAGACUGCACUAUAUGAGUGGCCUUGAAACUAGCAAAAACAAAAACAAGACAAAACAAAAGGCUGCUGGUCAUUUCUGGUGAUUGUUCUUCCUGCAGCACUGACAGAAGAAUGAGGUGAGAUGGAGACUUUUCAGUGAUAGCCCACAAGAGGAGUGGGAGAUUAUUUUUCACGCACGCACUUCUCUUAUGACUUUGCCACAGUGCUUUCUUUGAUUUCGUAUUUUAACGUUCAACUUUUACAAAGGUCUCUAACAUUAAUGCUGCUCAGUUGUGGUUGGGUUUUUUUUAUUUCAGACACGGCCGUUUUC